AUGCAUCGUCUUUUUACUGAGCUGGAGCCAUCUAUUACUGUCACCGAGCAAAACCUGGCAGACCGAGUUCGGUAUAUCCUACGCUCAAAUAUAUUUGAUGGCGCCGAACUCGAACGGCUACGACGUGAGGCUGUUCCCUCAUCAAAUGAAAACGCUACGACUGGGGGUGCGGUGCCACAAGUUGCAGAACAACCCGCACACGUGGAUGCCGCCGAGAAUACCCCAGUGGUUGCUGAUUCAAAUGAUGAUGGAACAUUCACCCAGGAACUAGAAAUAGAGCAAAUGAGGAGUACAUUGGAAGAGGCGAUUAUGGAAACGCGCAGUACGCCUCUCGAAAAUCGACCGCGACUUCCCCGCAUAGCCCUAAGCAGGCGGAAUCGGGCUGUCGUGAGGGCUCUGAACCCAAUACUGGUGACCUAUUUGGAAGCCAGCCGGGACCUUUGA